AUGGGCUUGCCUCUUGGACCUCUCCUAGCUGAAAUAUUCAUGGGCAAGCUGUCGAAAUUUCAACUAAGUGGGCAGAUCCACAAGGUAAAACACUAUGGCCACUACGUUGAUGAUAUCUUCGCGAUCGCCGCAAACGAAACCGACGUAGACGUACUCUUAAAUGCAGUCAACGAAGCACGCACAUCUAUUAAGUUCACACUGGAGGUGGAAAAGGAAGGUUCGCUUCCGUUCUUGGACGCCCUCCUUAGUCGCAAACCUGAGCCCCUUUUACAACUAUAUUCUGCGUGUGACUCACUGAUGCAUCUGUUGCGAGCUCACGAGUAA